AAGAAGAUGACUCUUGGGCAAACCCAAAAUGUGAUUCAGCGGAGGCCAGGAAAAAAAGCUACUACUACUUUGCAACACCCAACCAGAUGCGCAGAUCAUGCAGCAUCUUCAUCUUUAUAUAAGGCUGCCCCCUGCACCCCUCUAUUUCUGAACCACUGACCGAUCAAACCUCUUAGGAGCUACAAGCCGGGCAGUUUAGCAGUAGAUAGAUCAUCUGAUCAUCAGUAGCGAUCACACCAUGGAUGCAAGCAAGAAGGCGUAUGUGGUUGCCGUCAUCAUACAGCUGAUCUACACUGGCAUGUACGUCGUCUCCAAGGCGGCAUUCAACCAUGGAAUGAACACCUACGUCUUCAUCUUCUACCGCCAGGCAGCUGCCACUGUUCUAUUGCUGCCGCUCGCCAUUCUUCUCGAAAGGAGGAAUGCACCACCAAUGUCAUUCUGGUUGUUUCUGAAGCUAUUCUUCUAUGCUUUGCUUGGGAACACAAUGAGUAUGAAUCUGUACAACAUGAGCCUCAAGUACACCUCUGCAACUGUGGCAUCCGCAACAAGCAACUCUGUUCCUGUGGUGACCUUUUUUCUGGCAGUCCUGUUAAGGUUGGAGGUGGUGAGGCUGCUGAGCCCGUCGGGCAUGGCCAAGGCCGCCGGCGUGGCGCUCUGCCUGGCCGGUGUCCUUACCAUCGCCAUAUACACCGGGCCGUCGAUGAGCCCAGUGAACCACCACCACGCCUUCGCCGGCAGUGUCGCAGCGGCGCAUCAUGAGACAAACAGCAGCAAGGGGACAUGGAUCAAGGGGACGUUCAUGAUGCUGCUCGCCAACACAACAUGGUCCCUCUGGAUCGUCCUCCAGGCUUCGUUGCUGAAGGAGUACCCAAACAAGCUGCUGGCGACGCUGUGGCAGUGCAUGCUGAGCACGAUCCAGUCGUUCCUGCUCGCCGUGGCCGUCGAGAGGGACCUCGCCGCGUGGAAGCUGCAGCUCAACAUCGGCCUUCUUGCUGUCGCAUACUCCGGUUUCGUGGUGACGGGCGUGUCCUUCUACCUGCAGGCGUGGUGCAUCGAGAAGAGGGGCCCCGUGUUCCUGGCCAUGUCCAACCCGCUGGGCCUCCUCCUCACCAUCUUCUGCUCCUCCUUCUUCCUCGGCGAGACCGUCCACCUCGGCAGCCUCCUCGGCGGCGCCCUGCUCGUCGGAGGACUCUACAGCGUCCUCUGGGGCAAAAGCAAGGACCACCAUAUUCCUCAUCCGGAUCAGGAGACACCUAAACAUCAGACCAGCAGCAUCAGUAACGACGACGAGGAGGCGAAGCAGCAUCAGCAGGAGAAAGAGGAGAAGAAACUCGAGGACUUGUCUCAAUGGAAAUGA